UGAAGUUUCUCGUAGCAAAGCCCCACUUAGUAUUAACAUACUCACACUGCCAAUUCCAAUCCUUAGUUACUAGCAAUGGAUGCGGUGAACGAGUUGGUUAAGGAAAAGCCGGUGGUGAUUUUCAGCAAGAGUUCUUGUUGCAUGAGUCACUCCAUUAAGUCACUCAUAUGUGGAUUUGGAGCCAAUCCGACAGUUUACGAGCUUGACAGAAUCCCAAAUGGCGAGCAAAUUGAAAGAACACUGGUGCAGCAGGGGUGUCAACCAAGUGUACCAGCUGUGUUUAUUGGGCAAAAAUUGAUUGGUGGUGAAAAGCAAGUGAUGAGCCUCCACGUCCAGAGCCAGCUCAUCCCUUUGCUUAUUAAUGCAGGAGGUAUAUGGAUUUAGUGCCUGUUACUAGCAUAAAACCAUAAUAGGUGCGGCUUUUGAUACUGGCCCUAGCUCAAAUAUAUUCACUUGCUUUUUUUUUUUUUUUUGGGCAUAUGAUCACACUCUUUUCUGUUAAACUAAGUUGAAGAUGUUGUACUUAUGUCUCUAAUAAAGAUACACUAUACUUGUAGCUCAACAUUUUCUAAGACUCGGACGUUUGUGUGUAUGCAUUUGGCAACCAUUGCAGACAGGGCUCUCUGCCAAAGUGCUCCAAGAAAGGAAAGAUUUUCUAUUCCAGAACAGGCAAACAAAUUGAACAUUUCUUGCAACAACCAAUACGCAAUCAUUUAUACAAACUCCAGUGGCUAUAUAAUGCCUUAUGUACUUGGAACUCUUUAGCUCCUUGGCAUGAAACCUUCGACUGCUAAUUUCCUUCCUGAUUGACUUCUCUUCUUCAGAUAAACCUGUCUUAUCCACUUAUCCUAUUCUCCACCAAAUUAUAUCCCUUCACAGGUCAUAAACUAAUGAGAACUGUGCAAUUCUUAAUAUCCAACCUCUCAAUUACCUAUGUUUAUCAUUAGCCAAGAACACUAGCCUUAUCCAGAUUAAAGCUGUGCAUAUCUAUAUUUAAUAUCCAAAAAUCAUAAUCGAAGGCCUCCAGAGAACGUGCUUAACAGCUUAGAAAAGUUAACUACAUGGGACACUAAAGAAAAGUGUAAAAUUUUUCAUUCUUCACAAAAGUCUCAUGCACUGUUACACCCUUUUCAAUACUGGAAUUUUUUAAGUUAAUGA